GAGUAACAGCAAUUAUGAUAGGCGGUGACAGCAACACGUCCGCCAUUAACAGUAAAAGGAAGUCAAUGUUAAGUGUGGUAUGUGGUGAAGAUCCUGGCCUCAGCGUGUUACAGGGUCUUGGAGUCUCACUUAACUUAGACGAGAAUCCUCCUGCUUACGACACAAUGUAUCCUGGAUUAAUGCCGCACUCCACUGAAUUAUUAACCCUUGGCGUAAAUCAACCCACUGAACUAUCCCGAGAUAAUGUAUUCCGAUGCACUGAACUAUCCCGAGACACUGUAAUUCAAUCAACCGAACUAAAUCCAUGGGUAACAUUAAAUAAAGCGACUACUGAAAAAUACCCAAAUGACCUAGAAAAUAAAGACACUACAAAACAAGAGGGAAGAGACCAAGAAAGAAAUGAAAAUCGUGAUGAAAAAACGAAGAAAUUGGAAGGGAAGAUGAAUUUAAGUAAGAUUUCCAAAGGGACACGAGAGAGGUUAAUAGUGCAGGCGACAGACCUCUCCCUUAGUGCCCGCGCUGCCCUCAGGGAUUUUUGCAGCAAUACAACAGCUCACGGGUUUAAUCACGUCACACAGGAAGAUCUUCACGUCCUUCUUCGUCUGUUCUGGCUCGUCGUCACCCUCGUCAGCCUCGGUAUCCUGCUGUCAGUGACCUACCAGGUGACCUACGCGGCUUUCGUCAGUAAGCGACCUCACACAGAAGUUACCUACCGCGACCAGAGCAGAGACGGGUUGCCACUUCCUGACAUGACCAUCUGCAGCCUCUCGCGGUUCUGGAAGUCGAAGCUCAAGGAACACGGGGUGGGGACUUCCUUGGCGUCAUACCUCCUGGUGGCGGUGGGCGGCCCGGAGGUGAUCAGCCACACCCUCAGGACAGACCCAAGGAGGAUCAGGAUGUUGAGGGAUGACCUGAACACCUACCUGAAGGAGAACAACCUCACUCUCUCACAGAUGAUUACCAUGUUGUCUCCUACAUGUGAGGAUGUAGUGCUGGCCUGUUUCACCGACACACAACAACUCUUCAGGAGUCAGUGUUGCGAGAAGGUGUUCACAUCGACUAUCACCACCAUGGGGCUGUGUUAUACCACGCUGAAUCAAGAGAUUAAGUACACACAAAACAUCUCAGGUGUUAUUGGUGGCUACAGGGUUAUCUUCUCCACCAAUUUACACGAGUAUAUGGAAUACGACCCCAAUGUAGUAUCAACAAUUUCCCUGGCCGAGGCGGGUAUUCAGGUCUCUCUCUCCAACUUCGAUCUGACCUCCACAGUAGCAGCUAACACCCACGUCAUCCGCAUAGCUCCCAGCACAGCAGCCUCCGUCGCUCUCUCCGUCACUAAGAUCGACCACACUGAGAAAUACCUUCAGGAUUGGCCAUGGGCGAGCGUACUACCCACCUGUGUACUGGAGUCUGGUUACCGUGCCUUGAGUGAGCAGCAGCAAGCAUACACCCAGAACAAUCUGUACUUCACCCUCCUCUACCGACACUGUCUCUUGGAAGUGGCCCAAUGCUCUGCUGUCGCUGUCAGAUUUACCAACGAUACUACUGAUGAGUGUUUACCUGAUCAGAUACUCUACUACUUGGGUGAUAACAAGGCCGUCCAACAGUGUCUUCACCACAACCUAAAGAUGUUUGACCUAAAGAUGCGUGAUAGUGUGAUCCAAAUGUGUUACACCACUACCAUCACCCAACAAUUGAGUUACACGUCACUCAUCAUGGAUACAUUGCGAGAGCUUCAGACCCUUAGCAGCCUCACCAAUGUUACGUUCUCCAUGGUCAACAUCUACUACUCCCAGCUGGGCUACACUGAAUAUUAUGAGAGAUACCCUACCUUCUCCAGUUGGUUCAGUGAUCUCGGGGGCCAGAUGGGGCUUUUCCUAGGGGCAUCUUUCAUCACCCUGGUGGAGCUUCUCUUCACCGUCUGCUACGUCGUGCGGCUGGUCGUGUACAAGGGGACCCGGGCGGUCUAUCUCAAAGCCAAGUGCUGCUUUACUAGAUUCAGGGACACCAACCCAUCCACAUAGUAUAUGUUCCUGCAGGCGAAAGAUUUUUAGCAUUAUGGUCCGCUAGAUGAAAGAUCUUGUUACUCUUUAUGCUCCUGUAGGCUAAAGAUUUGUAUCACUAUGCUCCGCCAGACGAAAGAUUUCUAUCCUUAUGUUGCACCAGAGGGAUGAUUUUUUACCUUUAUGUUCCGCCAGACGAAGAUUUUUAUCCUUACGCUCCGCCAGACGAAAGAGUAUUACGAUUUGUGCUCCGCCAAGCGAGAAAACCCACUUCCAACUUCCUCUAGGCUUCACUCAGUUGUGCCUGUAAACAAAGGCCAGUUUGUGUUAAAAUAAAUCAAACAAAAAACGAACAAAUAUUUUUUCUGCCUUUAAAAUUCACCAGAGAAAAAUUUAUUAUUCAGAAGACAACAGAAUCUACAUCUCAUGAACUUCCCAAAUAUUGUACUGUUAAAGAGUCGUAAUUCAGUAAUUUUAGUUAAUAUUCAGUUGCUUCUGGUCACUUAAUGUGUUCUAUAUGUUUACGCUAAACACGACAAACUCUAAUAUUUAUUUAAUGUUACUGGUCAAAAAAUACAAUAUUUGAUUUUACUAUAGCAAGUAUCAACAACUUAUGUAUGUUCAGUGUCAUUAUUAUUAGUGUGAUUCGGAUGCCGCUACACGCCACCAAUCGUUUUUGUUUAGGUGUUGAUGAACGAGUUUAUUAUAAUAAAAAUACAUACAUUUCGACAAUGUACAUUUUAACAAUAA